AUGCCUGCGACCAUGUCUACCCCUUUAGACACUGAGGAGGACAAGUCCGAACCACUACAUCCCUGUCUUGCAUCGCCUUACCGAUGUCCGCGUUCCGUCGUUGAGUCAGAUUCAUAUGUUGUGGAGGCCAUCUCGGAGUAUGUCAAGCUUACGGAUGAAGGACAGAGGAUCGAAUGGAAGUUAAGAAUAACGUUGGAGAAAUCGCUUUCCCCCGUCGAAAUGCCUGGAAGCAUUUAUACAUUUCGCAUCGAGGGCGAUUCGCCACUUCUCGCAGAAGGCACCGCAAUAUACAAGGUCGGCCGUACCCUUGACUACAAACGGCGAAUGGUUCAAUGGAACGCGCAAUGCCCUUCACAAACCCAUAGCUGGUACGAGCCGGUAUGGGUGGAACAUUGCCAUCGAACAGGUGAGUAG